AUGUAUGCAAGGAAGAUUUUCGGUUUAUUUUCUUCAGUGCUUCUGUCCAUACUUGUAAUAACCGGAGGGUCAGAAGAUGGAAGUCGGGUGAAGCGAGUCCGCGCAGACAGUAGCGCAGUGGCUCGUGAACCAGCACAGGCUUUGGAUGCCCCUGACCCAGAACAAGGCGCAGUUCCUGCCCCACCAGCGUUCCUUAGCCCUUCUGUGAAGGAAUAUCUUGAACUGGGAAUGGCUAUACCCGGGAAGCCAGGCACAGACUACCCAGUUCUUGGUGCGGUGCCAUACACAAACUUUUACUGCGAUGACCAGCCUUACCCAGGCUUCUUCGCGGAUAUGGAGACACGCUGUCAAGCGUGGCACUACUGUGACAUCGAUGGUCGUCAGGCAUCAUUCCUCUGUCCCAACGGGACGGUGUUCUCGCAGGGAGUAGCAUCCUGCGACUGGUGGUUCAACGUGCGAUGCGCAUUAUCCCCAGCGCUCUACCGGCUGAAUGCAAGGCUAUACCGUCGGAAGAAGCAGAGCAGACCGAAACCACAUCGCCUCAUAGACAAGAAACUCAUUUCGGAAAUAUUUUUGUAA